AUGGAGAAAUUCCGCGUAACUUGCACGUUAGCAGACUGUUUGUUCAGCAAUAAUCUAAUCAGAAAUGAUAUGGAUAUGCAUGAAGAGGCCCAAGUCCUGUUGAGAGAAAGUAAAGUUGAAAAUUGUAGCGACCCUGAAAAUGAUAUUUCCGAAAUAUGUAUAUCCGAAUAUUUUCUCCAAGGAGGAAUGCAUAGCGAGCUACUAUUUCUGGAAGUCAACGAAGAAUAUGGCCGUAAUAGUCAAGCAUUGGAAAGCAACCAGCGACCUCUGCAAAUCAACGAAGAAUAUGGCCGGAAUAGCGACUCGGAAGUAACCGCAUGCAAAGGAAUCAUUUUUACCCAUGUUCUCAUGCGUCGACCCGCUUUGGCGAUUUUCGCUUCGAGAAGACUACUUGAAAUUGCAAAAGAAAAUGGGGAUAAAAAGUCGGAGCUACAAGCCUAUGAAGUAAUGGGUCGUUGUUAUGGCCAACUGUGGAAGCCGGAUAUUUCCAUCGUGUGGCGAAAUAACGCACUGGAAAUUUGCAGAGAGAUCGGUGACAAAAAACUUGAAGGACAAAUACUUCAUGAGCUUGGCGACGCACACAGAGACCUUGCUCAUUAUCCAGAGGCAAUCAGAUGUCUAGAAGAGUCCCUAGAAAUAUAUAAUAAAUCUGGCAAAUUCAAAGAAGAAGGCAAAUUAUACCAAAGUCUCGGAAUGACCUAUCACUCUAAGGGGGAGUAUGACAAGGCACUAGAAUGUCAUUUCAAGUCACUAAAACUGAUAGAAGAAUACGGUGACGAUGAGGAUAUAGGUGUUUCCUACAGUAACAUCGGCUCUACUUAUAAUGCAAUCUCCAAGAACCAUGAAGCACUGGACUAUUUCAAAAGGUCACUUGAAAUUUUGGAAAAAUGUAGAAACAGUACAUUAUUAGGAAUAAUUCAUCACAGCCUUGGUGUUUGUUAUUCCUCGCUCGGUCUGUAUGCAGAAGCCAUCGACCACCAGUUUCAAGCAGUAAAAAUCCUCGAAAAAACUGAAUCCAAGUUCAAAAUAGGUCGUUCCAUCAUUUUACUCGGGAACCUAUACAUCGCAAUCGGCAACAAAAAGGAAGCGAUGAAUAGUUUUCAGAAAGCUAUUGAAUGUAGUCAGACCACUGGGGACAGGAAAAUAGAAGCAAAUGCCCUCCGUGGUUUUGGUGUUUGUCUAGCAAACUGUGAUGAAGGGGAAGUAUAUUUACAAAAAGCCCUUGAAAUCACGAAGGAGACUGAGGAUAAAAUCCAAGAGGCCAUGACCUACUCAGGCCUUGGUUUCUACUACAUGUCUUGCGGUCGAUUCAAAGAAUCUUUAGACAACUUUAACAUAGGAAUUUCUAUCAUGCAAGAAAUCGGAGCUGAAAGUGAAUUAGCAGGAGCCUUGAUUAAUGCUGGAUCUACAUACCAAGCUCUUGGAAAGCUGAAGGAAGCAAAGGAACUUCAAGAGAAAGCCCUCAAGAAAACAAGAAAAAUUGGAGACAAGGGAAAAGAACAGGAGGCUCUCCACUGCUUAGGGACCUGUUACCUGGAGGAUGGUGAGUUAAAGAAGGCGUAUGAUUGCUUUUCUGAAAGCAUUACCUGUGCUGAAAAGAAUCGCAAACUAUUUCAGGACGAACAUAAACUUUCCCUGGAUAACAUUACUUUUGCUAGCUAUGACGGUCUAUGUUCGCUUCAGAUAAGUCAGUGCUAG